UAUAUCACACCAUACUCAUCAACUGUCAUUUAAUUUUAUUAUGACUUUUUUGUGAUGUUUGUUUUCAUGGAUCUUGGUGCUCAUUUCGUGAAUUGCAUGUGCAUCUCAAAAUGAAAUACGGUCAAGUCGAUAAAAGGAAACCUCGCCAGCACAUGAACCUGGAGAAUCUAGACCGCGCGCUGCAGGAGCUGGGCAUGCUGAGCGCCGUGACGGAGGCGCGCCGGGAGUUCCUGCAUGAGGCGCAGUCCGACUACUGCAUGAUGCGGCUCAACACGCGGUACGUGUCCAACGUGACGGUGGGCUACUGCAUGCGGAGGACGACCACCAAGAACCGCCUGUGCCCGUACAUCCUGCCCGCGCGGCACCGGACCAAGAGCGAGAACUCGGACGCGCUGCCCGGCGACGCCGACGCGCGCGACUUCAAGCACCACCCGCUGGAGCCCACCGCGUCCACCAGCGGCCCCCCCGCGCCCUCCACCCCCGCCAAGCGCUGCCAGUCGCUCGAGAACCUCAACCUGUCAGACUCCGCCGCCAGCUCCGACCCCUCCCAGGACAUGGACUGUGUCUCAAAUCGUAUACAAAAGCUCCAAGUCGACGAAUGACACAGCAGCCCUAUGCUGCACUAAAUUUUAAAUGUGAUUUGAUUACACCAAUUAAAUUAUAUUUAUAGUAAUAAUAACUACUGAAUGUUAUUGAUAUUUAAGAAUGUGAUACAGUGAAUAGUGUAACAUUUGCAUAACCAUAUUUAACAGUAAUUACAGUCAUGUAAAACCCAUUUUCUAUGUACAUGUAGAUGUGUGGUGAAGCUACCAUUCUUUGUGGACAUGCUAUUUCUGACACAUUGUAUGCUGAACCCUUUUGAUUGUAUUUAAAUGUGAAUCGGUACACCAUUCAUUUUGCAUGUGUAUGUGUAGAAUGCUAAAUGUGGACGUUCCUAGCCUUUCAGUUGAUGAAUCUGUGUGUACAUUAGGUGUGUAGUAAAAGUAUAGUAAAAAGGUACCUAUGUCACUUGUACCUUGGUCAUUUAAAUUUGUUUCUAAAUUUUAUCCUUGAAUUGCUCAAAUUUUGGAAUGGGUACAAAUUAAUAUUACAAAAAUUCUCUUUUUAUUGAGUAAAUUAGGUUAACUCAUUGGAUAUAGUUUGAGGACAAAUUCAUUUAGUAUAAUUUUAAAGGCAAUAUAAAAUCAACACUAAUAAUAAAAUUCAAGGUCUACUGUAGGAAGCUAACAUGCUAUGGUGAUCUUGUGUGUGAGAAUAACUCAUAAUUUUUAUAAACCAUUUUUCAUGGUUACCUUAUACUAUAAGUACCUCCUGUUUUAAUAUGUCUAAUAAUGGAGUUUAUUUUCUAAGUCACAGAUGCAAUUCUUUUUAAAGUUCAAUUUGUGUUGUAGAAUAUUUUGCAGUAAGUGUGCUGUUUGUAUGUAUUAUGUUAGCAAAGUCCAUUUAAAAGAGACAAAGUUAAAUACAGGUUUAUUUUUGUACCAAUAGCCAUUUAGUAUUUUUUGGGUUUGAGUAUUACCAUUAAAAGAUCUCAUACUUAGGAGAUAACUGAUCUCAUUAGGUUUGUGUAGAGAAUACCAAUACAUACUGCAAUACAUUAACAUGGGUCCAUAAUGAGUUAAGUGUUUUAAAUCAAAGUAAAAUGAUUUAUAAUAAUGGUAGACCCAUGUUCAUGUAAAUUCAUCUAUAAAUACUGAAAAAAAAUAAUGUAUUUUACCACUAGUAAACUUUUACUCAGAUUUGUCAUUCACUUUUGCGUAGGUGUUUACUAUGCAAUAUUUUACUUUAAUUACAUACCUAUAUAUUUUUAUAUUAUGUGAAAAGUGUGUGCCUGUUUUAUGUUUUUAUGGUGUGGGUUGGGUUGAUAUUUUACCAUCUUGCUUUGUGACUUAGAAAUCCAAUAAGUGAAUAUGUUUGUUAAUUUUGUUGUUACUUUCUUAUUUGAGAGAAUUAUAUAGCUUUGAUUUAGUAAAUAAAAAUCUAAAUUUUA